GAGUGUACGGAGAGCUAGCUAGCGGUCGAUCGGGAGAGAGGCAGCUGCAAUAAGCGCUUUAGUUUGGUCGAGCUGAGCGGUUGUGCAGAAGCCAUGGUCAUUUCUCGAGAGUUCAACGUUACAGCACUCUCGAAUGCAGCCUGUUGCAGUAGCAAGAAAUAUGGGAUGUGAAAGUCACCGAAUACUGUUCCAGUGCACGGGAGCCUACGCGUCGGGAAGCAGCUUUCGCUAGUUUUCAGACCGCGUAUAUACUAGAGCAGUUUCUGGCCACUCUAGCCUGAAAACACUCCCUUCUGAUGACAGCCUCACUCCACACUCUGUAGCACAUGCUGUGGCUACUGUGAGACGGUUCUGGGGUUUUGGGUUAGAGAUCGGGCUACUGAGGUUUCUUGGUGUUCCUCUGUCAGUGAUGAAUCAGAUCAUAGACAGUAGAUCAUACUCGAGUGAAGAAGAGAAGAGAGCGGCUGGUCUUCAGUACUGCCUCCAGACUGUACCUGGUGUGUCGUGGGGGAAGAUAGCUGGUGGGUUAUGGUUCCUGGAGGAGCACACGGCCCAGGAGAGUGUCAGACAAAUACCUACCACACACACAUGAUAUCAGCCUCACUCUCUCCAACCUGACGUCAUCAUUACCUGACAAACUGUGGUGGGACUUUGGUUGGGAGAUGGAUGUGCCAGGGUCCAUACUAGAUAAGAUAAAGUCUCAGUUGUCCAGUGAUAAGGAGAGGAUGGCAGAAAUGCUCAGAGUGAUUUCCACUGAACAUCCUCACCUGACAUGGGAGCAUGUGUCAGAUGCCCUCUACCGGCUGGGAGAUAAAGAGUGUCACCAUGUUCUAGAGAGAGUGCAGUCCCUAUUCCCCACUGGUGAGCAUCUCUCUCAUCUUCUCUUUCUUAACUUACCAAAUUUUGCACUCUAUCUUUUGUCAACACAUGUAUGCAUGCAUACAUUAGUUAUGCAAUAUUAACCGAAAGCAAGUUCGAGUGAGCUCAGAUUGACAUAAUAUUAUUCCUACAAGUAAAGAACUAGAUGUAUGAAGCUGGUUGAUGUGCUGAUUCCAUGGUAACUAUAAUUAUACAUGGAAAACCUUGUGCCAGUGGCCUUGCUGCACAUGGGGUGCCACAAUGCUGGGCCCUCCAUUUUCUACUGCAAAUACAGUUACCUGGAAUCUAAUGAAUGUUAUUGACCUUUUACAUACCUUUACUAUACGUGUACACAUCUGACUAAACUGGUGAUGGUGGGGAUUGCUGGCAGUGGGAAAUCAACGUCUCUACAGACAGUGAUUGGGGAGGAGCCACUGGCAGAAGACCAGCGCACCAGCACACCACUCCUGACGAGACCCGUCCAAACAGAGGUGGUUGUCGUCCAUGACAAAGUCCACUGGAAGAAGAGGAACCCGGAGGAAAAGAAGAAAUAUAUUGCCAGCCUCCUGCGAGAGCGGGCCCAGCGACUAGGCCAAGCCUCUCUCACCAGCCAAGACCCAGCAUCCCUCUCCAUACCUGCUCCGUCUUCCCCAGCCCAGCCCUCGUCCCCAGCCCAGCCUUUGUCUUCAACCCAGCCCUCGUCCUCAGCCCAGCAGUCAUCCACAGCCACACAGCCAGUGAAAACCACUGGCAGUCCUACCACAAACAUGUCAACAGCCGUUCCUGACAGGUUGUCCAGAGCAGCCCCAGGAGAGGUGACACUGGAGUCCCUGCUGAAGUCAUCUGAGGAGGACCAAGAGUAUAUCUCCCUCAUCAACAUCCCCAGCGACUCUCACGAGACGCUCCUGGGCGAGACGGUGGUGUACGUCGUGGACAGCGGAGGACAACCCGAGUUCAUGGAAGCCAUGGCCGUGUUCCUUGGCGAGACCUCGGCCUGUGUGUUGGUGAUGGACCUGUCACAGUCGCUGGACGAACACCCUCAGAUUGGCUACUGGCUCAGGGGCAAGGCCGUCUCCAAGCCCUACCGCUGCAUCCGAACUAACGAAGAGAACCUGAAGAAGUUCAUCCAAACCAUCAACACGUUCACCUCCAAAACGAAGGGGCAGCCCUCGAAGCUGCUCUUCCUCGGCACCCACCGCGACCAGGCACACAAAUGUCUCCCCGAAACGGUGGCAGACAAGAACGAGCGACUGAAGAAGCUGAUCCCGGCAAAGUUUGAGAAGCAGAUCAUCCAGCUGGACAAGAAGACACUCAUCUUCGAGAUCAAUGCCCUGAAUCCAGACGACACGGACAGGAAGACGGCGGAGAAGGUUCGGAGCUACAUCUUGGAGCAGUGCCCGGCAAAGGAAGUGGAGAUCCCGGUGAGAUGGGACACCUUUGAGGAGAAGCUGCGAAGCCUGGCCAAGGGUCUGGGGAGGCAGGUGAUGAGUCGCAAGGAAUGCUGGCGUGUGGCGCAGUCUCUGGGACUGGAGGAGAACUCCUUCAACGAAGCCCUAGACUUCUUCCACAACUGGAGC